AUGGACACCAUUCAAGUUCUUUCUUUCAAUUGCUGGGGACUUGCCGUCAUUUCUAAAAAUAGACGCCAUCGACUAUCAGCUAUUGCAGACACCUUGACGAACUCCUCCUACGAUAUCAUUACCUUGCAAGAAGUGUGGGUACAAAAGGACUAUGAUUAUCUAGUAGAGAAACUGAGGUACAAUUUACCUCAUGCCAAAUUUUUCUACAGUGGAGCAUUGGGCAGUGGUCUCGCCAUCUUUUCAAAAUUUCCAAUUAUUGCCACCGCUUAUCACCGAUAUGCAUUAAAUGGAAAACCAUUAAAAUUACUCCACGCUGAUUACUAUGUGGGUAAAGGAUGUGCAACAACCACUGUAGAUCAUCCUCAACUAGGUUUAUUAGAUAUUUACAACACGCAUUUACACGGUGGGUAUGGUCCGGAAGAUCCUUAUAAAGCACAUCGUGCCACCCAGUGCUGGCAACUGGCUAAUCUAUUACGUGCUUCCGCCGCCAUGGGUCGACAUAUCAUUAUGAGUGGUGACUUUAACAGUGUACCGUCAUCCUUUAAUUACAAGCUGAUUCGUAACCAUGGCUACAUGACAGAUUCGUGGUUACAAGUGCAUGGUGAGCCCGAUGCCAACGGGUUUGACAUGAACAGUCUGAAUAGCGAGACGUACACACAAUAUUUUGGUUUCACUUGUAACUCACCAUAUAAUACGUUUUCCCGUUAUUAUUCACCUUCCACGGAUAAUAUCCAUGCCAAAAGGAUGAUGGGGAAACGACUGGAUUACAUCUUUUACAGCCAAACACCUCAAUUUACGUGUACAGAUUCACGCGUGGUCUUGACCGAUCGAGUGCCAGGCACAGAUAUGAGUUACUCUGAUCAUUUUGGUGUCGUCUCUCAUUUUACCAUUCUCCAUCAUCCUCCUUCUCCUAGCCAGACAAGACCGAAUCGACGCAAGUUUAAUGAGACGCAAUUGGACCCAACGACAGUACGAGAGAUUGUGGAUGCACUUGUAUUGGACAAGAUGAAAGCCAAGAGGGAUGCGGAUUGGUUAUUAGGUUGUUUUUUUAGUUGUAUUGUAUUGCAAUUUAUACUCCUGGUGAUCAUUGUCGCAGUGCCAACUUGUGUACCCGAAACAAUCGUGAUUGUGCUUGUGACACUCAUCGGUAGUCUGCUUAUGAAUUUUGUUUCUGUUGCUUUACCCGUUUGUCUCAUUGUUGCGUUUGUCUUUGGUCGAACGGAAGAACGUGCCUUGUUACAAUUCAUACAGGAAAUAGAGACAUUUCAACAGAAUAUGAUUUACUCUACUGUUUAA